AAUAAACAAUAGAGACAGAAUAAUGCUAAUGCCUAUCCAUAAUUAACGAUAUACUCGAUCCCAGUUAACUCAAUCCACAAUCUUUACUCCUCCGCUUUUUUCACUUUACGAAUUUUUGAGGGUUUUUAUUGGAGUCAUCCUUUCUCAUGGAUCCUUGGUUCAGUGAUUCCGAUACAGCUAAUGAAUUUAGUUUUGAUGAUGGAGGCUUUCUCCCCAUUUAUGAUCAGUCUCAAAACCUUGAUGUCCUGGAUAUCCCUUUCCUUCCUCUUAGCCCAGGCCCUGAUAAUUUUGCUCCAUCUUUAAAUCUGAGCUACGAAACCGACUCUCCUGACGAUGUAGACUCUGAUCCAGUGCUAAAGUUUCUCAAUCAGAUUCUGGUUGAAGAGGAUAUGGAAGAGAAGCCUAGCAUGUUUCACGACCCCCUUGCCCUACGCGCUGCUGAGAAAUCCUUGUAUGAAGUCAUUGGACAGACAUACCCGCCUUCCCCGUCCUAUCCAGCAACUUCUGGCGAUAACAAGUUGGACAGUCCCGAUAGCUUUUUUGGGAACUCCAGUGAGUACACGAGCAGCAGUAAUGCCGGUAGUACUUCUAUUGAUCCGGGUGAACAUGGUCAUCAGCAGGAUCUUUUGUUGGAAUCAGUCAUGCCGAUCAAUUCACAACCAUUACCACAUGCUGUAAACAACACCUAUGGUAAUGGGAAUGCACAGAUGGACUCCUUUGGCGAUGCAAGCCUCCUUCAGAGUUUUUUUGGUGAUAGUGAAUCUGUCUUGCAGUUCAAGAGAGGGAUGGAAGAAGCUAGUAAAUUCCUUCCUACCAGUAAUCCAUUGAUUAUUGAUCUGGACAAAUAUGAACUGCCUCAAAAAUCAGAAGAUAUAAGUACAGCUGUUGCAAUCAAAACAGAAAAAGAAGAGCCUCGUGAUUCUUCUAAUAGUAGCCUCAAGGGAAGGAAGCAUCAAUAUCCAGAUGAUGGGAAUUCGGAAGACGUGGAAAGAAGCAGCAAGCAAUUUGCAACAAACAUUGAAGAGGUUGAAUUAUCUGAAAUGUUUGAUAGAGUUCUUCUAUGCACUGAUGUCAAGAAGGAGUGUGGGAAUGAUGAUGCUGAACUGGAAAGCCCGGCUCUGCUGCCAGCAGUGCUUCCUAAUGGGUCUAAUGGCAGAAAAGCUCGCACAAAGAAAAAUGAGAAGCAGGAGGAUUCCAUGGACCUUAGAUCCCUUUUGAUAAGUUGUGCUCAAUCCGUUUCUGCUGAUGAUCGUAGAACAGCAUACGAACAAUUAAGGCAGAUCAUGCAGCAUUCUUCUCCAACUGGUGAUGUGUAUCAGAGGUUGGCCCAUGUGUUUGCUAGUGGUCUUCAGGCACGGCUGGGUGGUACUGGAACUGAGCUUUAUGCAUCCCUUACUCGCAGAAAAAUAACGGCUGCAGAGAAGUUAAAAGCCUACCAGGUGUAUCUUUCAGCCUCUCCAUUCAAGAAGAUGUCGUUGGCUUAUGCAAAUAAGAUGAUUUGUUCGUUGGCUUCACAAGCAACUACACUCCAUAUUAUUGAUUUCGGUAUCCUUUACGGCUUCCAGUGGCCUAUCCUCAUUCAGCAUCUUGCUGACAGAGCCAGUGGGAAUUUCAAACUGCGCAUUACUGGUAUUGAGCAUCCUCAACCAGGUUUUAGACCAGCCGAACGUCUAGAGGAGACAGGCAUCCGCUUAGCAAAAUAUUGUGAACGUUUUGGAGUACCGUUCGAAUACCAAGCCAUCGCAACACAAAACUGGGAGGCAAUUAAGAUUGAGGACCUUAAGAUUACAAGUGGUGAGGUGAUUGCUGUGAACACUCUUUUCCGGUUUGGCAGAUUGCUGGAUGAGACAGUUAUGGUCGACAGCCCAAGGGAUGCUGUUCUGAACCUAAUCAGGAAAAUAAAGCCACAUAUCUUUGUAAAUGCUGUAGCAAAUGGAUCUUUUAAUGCUCCCUUCUUCGUCACUCGCUUCAGGGAGGCCCUGUAUCAUUAUUCUGCUUUGUUUGAUAUGUUUGAUGCUACCUUGCCUCGUGAUAAUCCACAGAGGAUUGAUUUUGAACAAGAUUUCUAUGGCCGUGAGGUAAUCAAUGUUGUUGCAUGUGAGGGAGCAGAGAGGGUUGAGAGACCCGAGACAUACAAGCAGUGGCAUGUUCGCCAUGUACGGGCUGGGUUCAAACCACUGCCCUUGGAUCAAGGGAUCUUGAAAAAAAUAAGACACAAGCGUUCUGGAUAUCACAAAGAUUUUCUUUUUGAUGAAGAUGGCUGUUGGAUGUUGCAGGGCUGGAAAGGCAGGAUUCUUUAUGCAAGCUCGUGUUGGGUCCCAGCUUAAUGUCUGAUAUAUGUUCAAUCGGGUGUUCAGGGAAAAAUCUGAGUUGAUUUUCUUUCAUCAUCUUAACUCUAGACCUCUAAGGCAAGUGUGUAAGACAAGCAUCAUAUACCCCCUAUUCGGCUCUCCACCCUCUGCAUUUUAUAUACAUCAUGAAUUUGAAGAGUGAGUUUGGUGCCCCAAUACUGAAAACACCAAUUUCUGCAUUUGCCUCUUGAGAUGAUAUCAGCACUUGAAGUAGCAUUGUAUCAGUCAAAAGGGAACUUGUCAUACUACAAGAAGCUAUUGGUUAUGGAGAUCGCUCGUCGCUGUAUUGCCAUCUUUCCGCAGUAUCGCCUAAAAGGGCAGCCAACACAUCCUCUGAAGAUUGCUCUUUCACUCCGCCUAUGCAAAAUCUGGAGACAGAGUUGCGAUAUGUGCUCGGGAGGAUGGAGUUUGACGCAGCAGAAAAUUGCUUUUGGUGUGAAUUAUCAGUUGUAAAUUAGAUUUUUGUUAGUUUUAUUUGUAACUGUAGUAACUAGUAACUGUUGUUUGUUUCCACUGAAAAUCUGCAUUCGAUUUAACCCAA